AUGUCUGCCUUAUUUAUAGAAACGAAAACUCGAGGAUCUAUCAAGUGGCUUCCCAAGUCUCCUAAGUUGCAUGGCAGUCAUAAUUGGAGUUCCCAGGGCACUCGCUGGGCAUCUCUGAAGGGCAAGGAGAGUACUCAUGGCGAUAGUCUAUACAAAUUCAGUUCAACCAAUGAAAAAUGGAAAGACGGAAGAAUCAGUCCUGAGCAAGAAGCUGAGGAGCUGGAGGAUCCUGAUGAGGAUGAGCCUAUAUCCAAAUUCUCUGGGAGUCUCUUUGAUACUUGCGAUCCCAUCCGAGAUCAAAGAAAUGCGAGAGUUGCUUUUCAAGAGAGACAGAAGGCAGCAACGAAGGUGAAACCUUUUCCAGUGCUCAGUAAUAAGCACUCAGUUCCAGCUGCAGCCCCAAAAGAAGGCAACAGAAGGUUUUCAAAGGAAACCAAAGAGCAAAUCCCAAGAACUGCAGGUGCCAGUGAGCCACCCUUGAAGGAUACCCUUACUUCAGAACCCAGCACACCUGAUUCUGUUUCUCUACCAUCAUCUAAAAGUGGGUCUUUCCAGACAGCAAACCAUGUUAUAAUGAUACCUCGAAUCAUCCUGACACGCCCUUCCACUUCCGAUGAAGAUGCUGACCAAUUAGCACAAGACCCUGAUGACUCUGAGCCUGAAGAAACAGACAACAUUGAAAGCCAUUUCUAUUCAGACUGUUUAAACCAUGCUUUUAACCCUCCUUAAUAAAGUAUUCUCUUUAGGGGGAAACAAAGGCUUCAUGGUAAUUCUUGCUGUUAUGAAUGUGGUACAUUAUCUGCACUGCCUUAUUAGAAGUUUAAACUAAUAAAAUGGAGUUGAAUUUUGACAGACAAGAAAAAUCUAUCAGUGUUCCAGUUUCCCUCAAACUUUACUUGGGCUGUGAUUUCCAAAGCUGAAGAACAGCCAUCUGCAAACAAUUACUUUUGCCAAAGGUACCGAUGAAGAGAUUUUUUUAAAAAUCACUUCUUAAGUACAUUUUAAUAAGAUCAUUGUUGUCAUGCAGAGAACACCUUAUUUUUAUCAGAAGGGGGAAAGAAAAGUACAAUUUAAACGUUGGCAGGGUGUCAUAUCCCUAUUUUCUGUAUCAGACAACUAAUAUACCUGAACUAAAUGCUUAUCUUUGAUUUGAAUGUUACCUUUUAUGGUCAGUUUCUAUCUGAAUAAAAUAUUAUUUUUCAGUUAAAUCAA